CGUUUUGAUUUAAAUUCCUCAACCAUUAUUAUAUUGAAAGAAUGAUGGCAUCCCAAACUACCCUUGAAAAAAAAAUUGUGGAGCUAGAAAAUUCAAAGCAAAUACCCCAAAGUUCACGACCAAAGAUACAAAGGGUGCCACACAAUCUCAGAAACAGAAAAAACUUUGAGAAGUAUUACUCACCCAAGUUCCUGUCAAUAGGUCCUAUCCAUCAUGGCAAUACAGAUCUGAAGUUAGGAGGGAAGUACAAGCUUAUGUGGGCAGCAAAAUACAUUGAAAAUACAAGACUCAAUCCACGGGAUCUACACAAAAAGAUUUUUGAUAACAUCGAUGAACUGAAGGGUCAUUUUGACGAUGAUGUAAUUUUAACUUUAACCGGCAAGUCUCUUGAAGGCUUUGGAAGCCUUGAAGAAAAGCUGUCGUGGAUAUUGUUCGUGGAUGGAUGCUCUUUGCUUUAUAUCUUGGAUGGAUGUUGUACGUGGAUGGAUGACCCAGAGCCUAUGGAUAUUAAGGUUGAUCAACUGGUUCUUGUGAUGAUGGAUGUGCUUUUGUUGGAGAAUCAACUACCUUAUCAAGUACUCAAGCUAUUGUGGAAAGAUGAAGACAAGAGUGGAUUGAUAGAAAGCAUCAUGAAUUUCUUCAAAUAUAUUUUGGCAAGACCAGGUGAGUCGCAGUCAGAGAAGGAGAUACACGUGGUUCUAAACGGAGGAGAACAUAUUGUAUCAAUACUAAAUGAGUCACAGCUGGAGACACCCACUCAUCUUCUUGAUCUUCUGCGUAAAAUCACCCUCAUUGGAUCUAAACCCAAGACUAAAAGCAAUGAAGCUAUUACUUCUAAGGAAGCAUCAGAGGAGACAGGUCCACAAAAAUUGAUUAAGAAGCUUCUUCAAAAAAUAAAGAAAUGGAGUCAGAAGAAGAAAGAGUUCAAGCUGAUUACGUAUAGGAACAUACAAGAUCUAAAAGCAGUAGGAAUAAGAGUUAAGUCAAGCAAGACACGAUGGCUGAGAGACUUAGAUUUCUCCGCAGGAUGGUUCGCUGCGAAACUGACUCUUCCUGAGAUCGUUGUGGACGACACAUCAGCCACUAUUUUCCUCAAUAAGAUAGCAUAUGAGAUGUGUCCAGAUUUUAAGAAUGACUACGGGAUUUGUUCUUUUGCAGCUUUCAUCGAGUCACUUAUCGACCAUCCUGAAGAUGUGAGGGAAUUGAGAUCAAAAGGGAUUUUGCUCAAUUGCUUUGGGAGUGAUGAGGAAGUUGCCAAUAUUUUCAAUAUCAUAACCACUGAUGUGAUGACUAACAUAAACACAUAUCAUGAGCUUAGACGCAAAAUAAAUGAGCAUUACUGUAAUAAAUACAAGACUUGGAUAGCACAGGGUUUUCACACUUACUUCAGCAGUCCUUGGGCCAUUACUGCAUUCCUUGCUGCGUUUAUCGCCAUUGUUCUUACUUUCAUUCAGACAUGGUUUACGAUUCACCCGGCUUGCUAAUAAAGGUGGCUCGUUAUGACAAUGUUGUUUUCGUUAUGGCACUCAUCACUUCUCUAUGGAUUUUUAAUCGGUUGAGUUUUUCUUAAUGAAUAAAUUUUGGGUUAAGUUUGCUUGUACAUCAUCAUGACUAUGAGUAUUUCAAAAAUAAAGAGUGCCUUUUUUCCUGUAUUGUGUGUUUGAAUUGAAACAUGAAUAAAUUAAUAUUCUCAUUGA